UAUAAGAACAAACGUAUGUUAAGGUUCAAACCACCACAAAGUCAGAAAGAGUGUAUAUUAUUAUAUGGCGGAAAUCGAGAAAAGGCCGAUAUUCCGAACCGCCAAUUGGCGGGUGCGUUCAAGUUCCAACGCCUUCGGUAGAAAUACUUCCGCAAUGAUCGGACCGUGCCUAUCUGUCUAUGCAAUGCGUUACGGGUAACCGACCAAGUCUCCCCUCGCCAGCCCGUCCACUAUUUUAGCUCGAGUUUGUCCAGGUCCUAGAUAGGUACCUACACCUCAGGUUCGUGGGUGCGGCUAGUUUCUAUCUCGACCUCUCUCUACUAUUGAGCAACAACUCAAGUCUUACAUUCUUCUAGAGUUCCCAGUUGAGAAAAUGGCCAAACCAUAUAACCAAGUGGUCCUCUUUGGGGAUUCGCUAUUCCAGGGUGCUAGCGAAGUUCAAAGUGGCUUCUCCUUCCAAGGGGCCCUGCAAAGUCAGUGUAUGCGACAUCUGGACGUGAUCAACAGGGGAUUCUCCGGUUACAACACCAAAAAUGCCUUGGAAUUGUUACCGCAGAUAUUCCUGCCGCCGUCGCCCUCGAAUCCAAGGAUAGAGUACCUUCUAGUGUUACUAGGGGCCAAUGAUGCAUGCAUCGAUAUUCCUACCAACACCCAAGGUGUUCCGAUCGAGCAAUAUAAAGAGAACUUAACGAAGAUAAUCACUCACGAAUACAUUGCAGCCCACAAGCCCAAGAUUCUGCUCAUCACGCCUCCUCCUAUUGAUGAGAUCCGAAUUACUGAGCUUGAUCUAGCCCUCGGACACCCGCAGGCCACACGCCAAGCGGCUGUUAGCGCGGCUUACUCUGAGACGGCCAGAAAGGUGGCGGCAGAAAUUCCUGGGGUGGUGCUUAUCGAUCUCCAGAACGCCAUCCUGGACAAGGCUAUCUCUUUAACGGCUGAUUUUGACUCGAGCGGGCCUCCCUUAGGAUAUCCCGGAGGCAAGAGAGGUGCUUUGGAACAACUUCUGCCAGAUGGAUUGCAUAUGAGCGGAGAUGCUUACAAAGUCUUAUUUGACAUUGUCAAGCCACACAUCGGCCCAUUCCCAGAGAAAAAGGGAGUUUUCCCAGAUUGGCGUGUGCUCAACCCGGGAACGUUGUAAAUAGUAUGGUACACAUGGUACACAUAGUACACAUGGCAUAGAUAGGUAUAUACCUAUAUAAAGCGAGCCGUCCGGGUUUCUUGAAAUACUAAUAGCCUAGAUUGCUCGAAUGCGACACUCGUACAUGAGAUUCGCGCAAGUGAAUAAUCUACAUAUGCAGCAGUUGUAAAAGGCUGAAAACCGGAAGCAUGCAAGACAUACAGACAUAUGCUUGUUGCAUUAGGGGAAUUUGAAGUUGCGUUGCUAUUCGGAGAUUUUAUCUAAAUCUAUGAUUCCUCGCUGGCAGGUUGGCAGGCUGGGUUAAGUAGGUAC